AUGGCUCAGUUUAUGCGGGACCCGACGGUCCUCCAGGCGGGCAUCAUCGCCAUCCAGGAGCCGUGGGCCAACCCAUACCAGGAAACCACGCAUCACCCAGCCAAGCAGAGCCACCAGCUACUCUACCCUCAGGCGAAUGAGACGGGAGGCAUGCGGGCGAGGGUGUGUAUGUUCGUGUCGAAACAAAUGGAGGGGUGGACGCAUGUAGUGCACUCCCGCGACUGCCAGGAGCUCCGUCUGCGGCACGAAGGGAAGGAGCUGCGCGUAUUCAACAUAUAUAAUCAACCAGAGAACGGGGAGGACACGAUGCGCCUGCUCACGCAGUUAAUUCCACCGACAAGGGAACAGGCCAAGGAGCCAGGCGUCACGUACCUGAUCGUGGGGGACUUCAACCUACACCACCCGUAUUGGGGGGGUGACGGUGUCCAACAGGAUGAAGCUGCGGACGACUGGCUGGACGCCGCCGAGAUGAGGGCACUGGAUCUCUGGUUGAAACCGGGUUCCAUUACACGCAUGCAGGCCGGCAGCAGGUCGACGCUCGACCUGGUCUUCGCAUCAGAGAGAUUGGGAGGAAGUAUGAUUAGCUGCAAGGUGCAGGAGGGAGUGCAUGCGGAUUCUGACCACUUACCAAUUCGUACGAUCAUCGAUUUCGCGACAGCGGAACCGGUAGAAGCGCCGAGACGACGAAACUGGAAGGAAAUGGAUAACGAUAAGUUCCUCACCUUUGUGAACGCUAACCUACAGAACAAGUCAUGGCUGCACCUCCGCGGAGAUACGGUGCACCCACAACAGGUUGACGAUGCGGUCGAACACCUGAUGGAAGUCAUCCAGCGGGGGGUACAGGAGUCGACGCCCUGGGCACGCCCCUCAUCAUGGGCAAAACCUAGCUUCACGCCCGAGUGCUGCGAGGCGAUCAAGACAACACGACGGCUCCGCAGACGAUAUGCGGCCUCGCAGAACAACGAUGAUUGGCAGGAAUACACCAGUGCGCGCAACCGCAAGGGUAAGGUCAUUGCGAAGGCCUCCCGAGCGGCAUAUCGCAAAUGGGUAAAGGACCUAACGGAUGAAGGGCCGAAGGGGAUGUGGAAGGUUGCCAAAUGGGCAAGGAGCCGUGCUGAAGCGUCGUCCGGGAGCAAUAUCCCCGCGCUGAAAAAGCCAGACGGCAGUCUUGCGGAUACUAACCAAGCCAAGGUGGAGGUCCUGAAAGGAGUCUUCUUCCCUCAGCCGCCCAUCCCAGAUCUGGAGGAUAUUCAGCGGGACACACGCGAGGUCGACCAGAUCCAGUUCCCACCGAUCUCGGUGCAGGAAGUGCGGGAUGCUAUCCGCAGAGCGCCGCCAGACAAGGCACCAGGAAACGACACGGUUCCGAACAAGGUCUGGCGACUGCUAGCGGCAGACGACAACUCCCCGUUCAGCAACAUCAUUACCUCAAUCUUCGACGCCUGUAUACGAACCGGUUACAACCCACGACACUUCCAAUCCUCGAUCACGGUCACCCUUCGCAAGGGAGGGCCAAAGGACUACCGCCAACCGAAGUCAUACCGGCCUGUAGCCUUGCUAAACACACUGGGCAAGCUACUGGAGUCUGUUAUCGCGACAAGGAUAGCGUGGGCGGCGGAGGAAAAGGGAAUCCUGCCUAAAGGGCACCUCGGAGGAAGGAAAGGAGUGUCCGUGGACCAUGCGAUUCAACUGAUCCUUGACCAAGUGCAUCGGGCAUGGGGAAUAGACCGCAAGGUCAGUAUGCUCCUACUGGAUAUGUCGGGAGCGUACGACAACGUGUCUCAUGAACGACUUCUCUACAAUAUCAAAAAGCUGGGACUAGGCCAUUUUGUACCAUAG